GGUGGCGCUUAUAGUCAAGGAAGACUGCGUGUAGCCGUAAGUAACUAGUACAAAGGAUCUUGUGCUAAAAAUUCAAAUUGGAGUGUAUAUUUUGGCCAUAUCGCAGUGAUUGUUACCGCUUGCGAGCAGUUUAGCGUCUGAUGAUAAAUGCGCAGUGCUGAUCUCAUACGCAUGGGAUCGCGGCAGCCUAGCCGGAUUGGGAAGGAAAAUUUCGGGAACGCAACUGGGAAGUCAGGAAGUGCAGCAUUUCUAAUCAGGUUGCUCACAUCCAUCAAUGUUGAUUGGCCUAUGGUGCUGCAUCCAAUGACUUACCUUAUGCACCAUUCAGCAUAAUCUGCCUUGCCAAUGGAUACUGCUGACGAGCCUAACAUGACGUGCCAUCAGGAUGUGACAAUCCCGUAACUGCACAUUCUUAUGGGCCUGUGUGCUUUGGCCUGGAGCUGUAGUACCAAGCAUUCUUAAAGGACCUUGAGGACAGGUUCAAUUCAGUGUCGCAGGAUCAGAGCCAAGUGUCCACGAAGAAGUGAUUGGCUACAUUGACCUGAACAACUCUGGCUUGCAGCUUGUCGGGGGCGACACUUUCUACCUCCAAACUGAAGCACUUAGGGAACACAUCCUAAUGUCCGAGCACGGGAAGGAAGUGCAACCUAUAAUUGUUGUCGUAGAAGAAAACUCUGAAAAUGUUGUUGUUCAGGCAUUUUCUAGAGAUUCUGAGGCAGUGGGAGACGAGGCAGCCUUCACAGUGAAUCAGUUGGAUAAUGCCAUCUCGGCUGCCCUUCCAGAGCAGCUCACUGGUGUAGAAACAAUUAGAACUUCUGCAGGACAGCAACUUCUAAUACUGUCUGAAGAUGCUAAUGGGAAGCUUGUAAGCAUGGAAGGCGCACCGGUGGAACAUUCUGCUGCUGUUCUUGACACUGGGCCUUCAUGCCAGGAGGUUUCAAAGGGUCAUGUAGAUGGGCAGUGUGUUGCAUCACCUGAAAGCAGCCAGAUGGAGUUACAGCAAGAAUGUAAAGAGUUGUCAGAGGAAAAUGGCAGUGGUGUAGUAAAUGCAAUUCCUGAUAAUGUACAUGUUCCUGAAGAAAGCACAGAAUGCAAAUAUGAAAGUAAGCCUCAUGCAGCUGCACCAGUAGGUGUGAACAAGUCUAGUAAGACGAGUAGCUCUGAUGUGCCAGUCACCUUGGGUCAGGGCGACAGUUCAGAAUGUCGAGAAAAGCCACCUUCACAGAGCAGGGAACCAAUGCAAGUCACAGAAGAAAAGAAUGGAAUAGUGGACAUUAAUGUCGGUGAUAAUCAUUCAAGUGACAUGACUGUGCCAUUGGUGCAGUCCAUAAAACCUGGUACAGAGGUCAACCUGAACAUGUCCGAAAUGCCAUUAGCGCCACCCGUUGUUGGUGGGAAGUUGGACACCGCUGAUGUGCUUGAUGCAGGCAUGCAUACCAAGGAAGAUGCCCUAUGUGCUGUACGGGACUCUAAGAGUACUGAGACUGCAGACAACACCCUUGAAGUUUCUGAAUGUCAAGGUCAAGGUACAAGGGCACAAACUAUGGAUGGUGUGUGUGCAUCUCAAACUUCAAGCAACCAUUUUAUCACUGGCACUACAACAAAUCCAUUGCUUGGAAAGAAAAGUGAUAAAUCUCUUCCAGUGGUAGCUGAGCACAGUGAAGUCCCAUCAAAAGAAUCCCUCGACGAAGGCCAAAACAUGGAAGUGUGCAGCAAAACAGCUAGUCAAAGUGCCAAUGUCGAACAGCAAAAUGAACCUUUGAGUCAAAGCAUUAGAUGCAGCAGUGAUUGCUCUACUGUGACUGGACCACUGCAUAAAAGCCUGGACCCAGAGGCCAGCAAGCAUUCUGUUAUAUUGAGGGCUGAUGCAGCAGGUCUUGUCAAAAGCAGGGCGGGACAUCCACCUCAAUGUCAUACUAAAGGAAAUGCCUCAAUAAAAAAUGUGUCGAUAUUAAAGCCACAGACCAGCUCUACAUUUGCAUCUUCCAAAUCAGAAGCUAGUAGCAUGGCCCUUCACCAAGAACAAGAAAGCUUGGAAGAGAAGGAAGGAAGAAAGUCUACACGUUACUGUACUGUAGAGGAUGAGAAAAGUGCAUCUCUUCUGGUCAGCACAAGUGUAGAAAAAACCCUAGAGUCCAAAGACGAGCCUGCAGAUUUCAAUAUUGAAUCUCUGCCUGCAGCUCCAGAGGAACUGUCUCAAACCAGUUGCAGUGAUGUUGCACACAAUAUUGAUGAACCUGAAGAAGAAAGUACCUCAGCUAAACACUAUUGUGCACAUGAAAAGACAAAAGACCCAGGACAAAAAUCGCGCAAAGGUGAAACAUUGAAAGUUCUACCAGCUGCUAGUAUUUUAAGUAAUAACGUAAUUACUGACAAUGAAAAAGCAAAAUCUCAAUCGACUGAGAAAGAUAACCCAGUAACAGAACUUAAUAUGUUGAAAGAAAAUUCUGAAUCAACAUUAGAUCAUCAGACAAAAUCUAUCCAGAAAGAGGAGGCAUUCCAGUCAAGUGAAGUGAAGGCAUUGCGUGAAAUGCCAAAGAAACAAAGUGACAAAAUGACAUUGAUUCCCGUAACAAGCAGUUAUGCAGAAAGCAAAUUGCAGGGCUCUCCACAUAAUCAAAAUCUUAAAGCCUCCCAGAAGAGAGAGUCUGAAAGUAUCCAAGAAGCACCAUCAGAUGCAACUUUACUAGCUGUCCAAGGCAGCCGACCUGAUACAACUACGGAACAUUGUGUAGUUCAACCACAAGCAUCAUCAGAAACAGACACUGAAGAAAACAAGUUACAGGAAGAAACCACUGAUGUACUUCUUGGCAAGCCUGCUGAUAACACAGAGAUGCACAUUUCUAAGUGCCAUCAUAGCAAGAACGUUUUUGAGCAUUGUGCUCAACAUGAUGACAUUGGAGGACUUCAAGAAUUGCAUGACGAUGAGCAUCUAGGCAAGGAUGCAUGUGAAAAGACUGAAAUAAGAGCGAAAGCCUUCAACCAAGACAUUCAGGAACAAGUAGGAGGUCAAACUAGUGUCACAGAUACGGGCAUUACGAAUGUGCCAGAGAUUUAUGCUUCACUUAGAGCUUCACUUAAAAAGGGUGGAAGAAAAAGCAGUGCUAAAGGCCCUCCUACUGAUAAACUUCUUGCUGCACUUGACCUGGUACCCCGUCCACCUGAUGACUCAACACAAUCAUGUUCACCAUUUGAAGAGCAAGAUGUGACAGCUAAAGAGCCAUGUCGAGCAUCUGCAACUUCCGAUUUGGGAGAAGGAGAAACCAAACCUGAAAAUGAAUGCCUAGAUGAGCAUGAAGAUGACACUGCCAGUAAAAAGCGUUGGAGCCUUCGUACACCAACAAAACCAAGAAAGAGAGUCAUCAUCCCAGAUAGUGAUGAUGAAGAUUUUGAGGCCUACGUUAGUGAAGAUGUUCAAUCUGCAACACAAAAGAGCAAGUCAGAAGAGGCAUUUGAUGUUCUUUUAGAUUUCUUCAAGAAAGAGCAAGCUCAGAAAGCCGCCGUGGAAACUGCAGCAACGAGAAAGAGAAGUGCAAAAAAAGUUGGCCGUCCGCCAUCGAAAAGUUCAUCUGUACGUAUCCCAUUCGAAAAAGAGUCUACUGUCAAGACAGCCAAAGCAAAAGAUGUAGUAAAGCCCACAGCAAGAAAAAGCCAACCUGUGCACACACCUUGCACAACCAGCCAAGCGACUGCUGUAAAGCAAGCUCGAAAGCGACGCUCAGAGCCAGUGAAAGUUGUGCCUCAUAAAAAGAGUGUAGGUGAUGGUGCUGGUAGCCGGAUUCCCUCUAUGAGUGAUACAUUUGCUGGUGACAUCAGAAUUCGCUGCCAGAAGCCAAAUUCCUCAAUGGAUAAGAUGACAUCACGGUAUCACUGCUCCAAAUGUGGCUUCCGCUCAGCUCGCAUGGAGAAUAUUGUGAGGCACCAUAAGCAGGACUGCCCAUACUCUAAACAACAACCUGCUUGGGAUUCCAAGGCCCUGAAAAGUACAAGCACUGCUCUUGCAUGAAUCUAUUACCACUGUCAUGUGCACUGCUGGCUGCUGCACUCAGUCAGUUAAUUUGAUCGUCAUAUUUUCUAUCGCCAGUAUCAUUGUUCUUAAUUGGAAAAAAGAAUGGUACAUUAAAAGCACAAAAAAAUUUGCUCUGUGUACAGCACAAUUUUGUAAAUUGUGACCACAUGGAUCUAAAUAAAGUUCCGUUUUCACAUAGUUUUGCAGAACUCUUUCAUAUAAUAAGGCCCACAGUAGGCUGCUAAGUGAGCCUUGUGUUCAUUUUAAUUUUCUUUGUAUUUAGGAACAAAAGCAAGGGAUGUAAUAGUUGUGUUUGAACGGCUGUGUAUUUUUAUUUGUAUGCUUGUGUUUAUUUGCAGUUUUAAACUGUGUGCCAGUGCUGCUGCAAAAACACUUGUGUGCUGUUACAGGGCACAUGUUCUUUUAUCUACCAGUGGCAGUACUAUGCACCUGAAAAAUCUUUACCAAGUUGUUUGGCCGUAAAAUCCGGUGAUGUGACUGUAUCAUGGCACCUACUGCUGCAGCUGGUGCAAACGAAAUGACCAAACAUGCCAUGUGUUAUCAUGGUUUUUAGUAUAGAUAAUUAUGCAUAUCAUUUCUCCUACAUUUCUGGUCCUAUGCGGUAGAUAUAAACUAGCACACAUUGUAGUCUAUAGAACAUUGUUUCUUUUGUCAAGACAUUUGCAUGUGUUCAAACAUGUUCAUCCUAAGGGCACCUGUGCAAUCUUUGUUUAUGUGAAAUCCUCCCUUAUUGAAAUAGCCACUGAAAGCUGCCUGCACUCAUUCACCAGCAAAAAGGGCAUUUUUCAGCACUGAUUCUUAGUGUUGAUGGUAGUGGAGCAGUGUCAGAGGAAUGAUGUUUUUCUCCUCCUCCUGCCUGUCUUAAAAAUGAUUUGCAAUGCUGACAUUUUGAUGAGACAGUGCAAUAGCAGGUGAGAUCACAAUUUCCGUAUUCGACUGUGUCCCACUGUUGGUAUACCCCUUAUCACCUUGGAAGUAAUAACGAUAAAGUAAAAUGUCAAAAUAUCCGACGUCAGCCUAAUUUUAUCAAUAUACAAGCUUAGCAUAUGCAAAAAAAAAGUAGUGAAUCCAAAAUCAAAAUGACGAUUUGGUUGUCAAAAGGAGGCUAUUGGGUGCAUUGUGCUUGUUUGUUUUCAUAUGUGUCAAUAAAUGCUGAUGACUGGUUGUAUGAUUUUGGUACCUCGCUUUUUUUUCGCCACUCCAUUUCCUUGGCUUGUCAAUUUUUGUAUGAGUAAUGAUUGGUGUGCUCAUUUUUGUAUUCAAGCAAUUUUAGAUUUUGCUUAUGCUACCUUUUUUUUCUAUUUGAUACAGUUUAAACUUGAUUUAACGAAGAGAUUAUCAUGCUCAGAUUAUUUCAUAAAAUCGGUUAGUUCGCAAAAUUGAGAAAGGGAUUUAUCGGUCCUUCGAAAUCUAAAAUUGUAACUUACUGAUGCCCAAAAGCUACCACGGCAUUGUUUUUGCAUCCAAUACACGCCUGUGCGUAUAAAAAGUCCACAGGGGUGGCCUGGACAAGGAGCCUCUCAUGUCACCCAGACAUAGGGGGCACCGUGUCUUGGUCAUGCAGGCCAAGUAGAUGGUCACGUGAAACUAUGACAGGCUACCGAUAUGCGAAGACGUGGAGAAAGAAUGCAGUGAUUGUGUGAGCAGGCAGAGCGAGAAAGUUGCGGGGAGAUGAUUAGUGUUAUGUAUUGCAUAAACCGUGAAAGAACGAAAGCAACCACUUGUGCACCAGCUUGUAGAUCGGAGUGCUAUGGACUACCGAGUCUGUUACGUGCAUGGGCGCGGCAUGCAGCCUCGUCCAAACAAAGCUAGCACCGUGACUGGGGCAGCUAGAUGUUUUAACACGAUGGCGUUAGCGCACACAUUCGAAAAAAAAGUCGUCUCUGUCAAAAUUAUAAGGAAAUCACUGCUUUUUUACUCAGUUAUUUCAGGAACUACUUUGUUAAAUUAGGUUUGGUGGCCAAGUUGGUUGAUUAAUACGGGUUGAUGACAACACUAUGCCCUAUGGGUAUUUGCCAGGGAAUGGAAAUUUCUUCGCUAGAUUGAGAACAUCAUAAAAUUGGGUUUCGUUAGAUCAAGUUUUAACUGUAUCUUUGUUUCCUGCUGUUAUUGUUUUACUUGAUUUAUAAAAGCUUUAAGGUGCCUACAGGUAAUAAUAGCAAAAGGGUCACUUUACAUUGUAGAACUCUCUUACGUUGUAAUGAACUCUGUUUCACCAUCUGGCAGUGUGCUGUAUUCCUGAAUGAGGUGUAUGUGUAUUCAGAGGCUCUACAAUAGAUGUGUCAACUGUGAAGUUGAGUGCUGUGUAUUUGCUUCU